AUGGCUAUAGCUUGGAGUUUCAGGGAUGUUACCAUACAAUUGUCUUGUCUCGUCUUGACGUGUCUUGUCGUGUCCUGCCACACGGUCAGGUACCAGCCAACGUGGGAGUCCCUCGACACACGACCACUGCCCGACUGGUACGAUGAAGCCAAGUUUGGAAUCUUCAUUCACUGGGGUGUUUUCUCAGUCCCAAGCUAUGUGUCCGAGUGGUUUUGGUGGGACUGGCAGGGUGCUCGGGAGAAAAAAGCUGUUCACUUUAUGCAAGAGAAUUAUCCUCCUGGCUUCACGUAUGCUGAUUUUGCCUCACAGUUUAAAGCUGAGUUCUUUAAUGCAACACAGUGGGCCCAGCUAUUCCACGAGGCAGGAGCCAGGUACAUUGUGUUUGUGAGCAAGCAUGUUGAGGGUUUUACAAACUGGCCAUCCAAGUACUCUUGGAAUUGGAACUCUCUGGAUGUCGGACCAAAGAGGGACCUCGUUGGUGAGUUGGCCAGUGCUAUCAGAAAUAAUACAGACAUUCGUUUUGGGCUCUAUCACUGCCUGUAUGAAUGGUUUAACCCACUUUUCUUGCAAGAUAAAGCCAAUAAUUUUACAACUCAGAACUUUGUUAAUGCCAAGACAAUGCCAGAACUGUACGAACUGGUGAACACCUACAGACCGGAUAUUAUAUGGUCAGAUGGACCUACGGAAGCCGACGACCUCUACUGGAAGUCUAAGGAUUUCAUAGCCUGGUUAUACAAUGACAGUCCUGUGAGAGAUACUGUUGUCAUAAAUGACAGGUGGGGUCUGGGCGAUGCUUGUUAUCAUGGUGGAUUUUAUACAUGCACAGACAGGUACAAUCCAGGUUAUCUAGUGGAGCACAAAUGGGAGAAUGCCAUGUCUGUAGACAGGAAAUCCUGGGGCUAUCGCAGAGAUACAAACAUCAACGAUGUUCUGACAAUUGAGCAGCUGAUUACACAGCUGAUAACUACUGUCAGUACUAAUGGGAACUUGCUGAUGAAUGUAGGUCCAGGUUCUGAUGGUGUCAUUAAACCGAUUUAUCAAGAACGCCUCCUUCAGGUGGGGUCAUGGCUGAAAGUCAAUGGCGAAGCCAUAUAUGGAAGUCGACCAUGGACCUAUCAGAAUGACACUAUAACAGAAGGCGUAUGGUACACACAGAACAACAAAACACAGCCAGCAGUGAUAUAUGCGCACCUGUUGUUCUGGCCAAGAACUAACCUGACUUUGGGUGCACCUGUACCUUCGGUAAAGACAACAGUCACUCUUAUUGGAUACGCGGGGUCUGCAUUUCAGUGGUCCACACAUACAACUCCAGGAUUGCAAAUUGUAGUACCAAAUAUACAUAUGAGUGAUAUGCCAUGUCAGUGGGCCUGGGUUCUCAAACUGACAGAUAUUCUUAAUUAA